AAGAGAAAGAAGAAAGUUUAGGGUUUCUUCUAAUGGCUUCUUCUUCUUCUCCAAAAAUCCACCUCUACAAGAAAUCAGCAAUUGAAGCUGGAACCCCUGGAGAUUACUAUCUGGAUCCAUCGGAUAACUUGAUGAAGAUAAGAUCUGCCUGGGGUAUCGUUGAACAUGAAGAUUAUCUUGUUUUGAGUGUCGAUUUGUUUGCUAUUGGGGAUCUAGUUUUGCUUGGGCCAGAGCCAGAAGAAUAUGAAAUUCAAAUUGUUGUUGCUUUAGAAAACAAGGAAAAGGCUGCUCGUUUUAAGCACAGGGAUGGGAUGAAGGUCUUUAGAAUUAAGAUGAAUCCAAAAUUCAUCAAGAAGAUAAAUACGAAGGAUGAUGCUACUUACAAAGUGCUUCCUGAGGACUCCUCAAAGCUGGCAAGGGUCAUGAUUUACAAACUCAAGCUCAAGGAAUCAGCAGUAAUGGCUUCUUCUUCUUCUCCAAAAAUCCACCUCUUCAAGAAAUCAGCAAUUGAAGCUGGAACCCCUGAAGAUUACUAUCUGGAUCCAUCUGAUAACUUGAUGAAGAUAGCAUUCAUGUGGAGUGUUGUUGAACAUGAAGAUGAUCUUGUUCUGAGUAUCAAUAUGGUUCUCAUUGGGGAUCUUGUUUUCAUUGAGGUAGAUGGAGAAAAGAAUAUUAUUAAUAUUGAAGUAGAUGUAGAAAACAAGAGAAAGGCUGCUCGUUUUCAUCAUGAGGAUGGGAUGAAGAACUUUAGUAUUGUAAUGAAUCCAAAAUUCCUCAAGUUAGAUUUGAACAGUGAUCCUUCUCCUUACAGUGUCUCUGAAGAUCAUGGUGGUACCACAAAUCUGUUAAUUACUAAACUCAAGUUGAAGAAGGAACUAUCAGCAGGAAGAAUCUCUGAUCUGGAUCUUGGUCCUCCUGAACCUGAGAGUACCGCUAAGUUGUUGAAGAACAAACUCAAGUUGAAGAAGGAAUCAUCAGCAGGAAGAAUCUCUGAUCUGGAUUAGUAGUACUAGUGAUAAGGGGAAAUGGAAGGUGGUUAGUCUUUUGGUUUUCAAGUUUGUUGCUGCUGUGCUGUCUUUUGAUGUUUCAUUUUCUAUAUAGUUUUGCAUUUUGUUUUAGGGUUGAUUUCAGUUUUUAGUUAGGGGAAUUUGGAAGUUGUUUAGAGGUUGAUAAUCUGAUGAUCAGGAUGAGCUCAUAAUUUGUAAUCAAUCAUCUAAACAACUAACAAUAUCUAAUCUAUCUUUAUAUUAUUAAUUAGUAAAAUC